AUGCAAAUAUUUUUUGACCGUCGAUUAGCUGCUGGCAUCAGUUUUGUUUUGUCACUUUUUAGUGGCUCCUUUGAUGCUCCUAUCCUUCUUUCUAGCAUCCAGUUCUGUCUUCCAUCCUAUACUACGUGAGACCAUACUUUUUUUUAUGUUGAAUCCCACUCUUAUGGGCACAAUUAUCCAUUAAAUCGCAGUUUUUGCUACUCGAAUGAUACAUUAUUAACUGCAGCUUAUUCCUUGAGCUUUAUAUAUGUAUAAUUAUAUUUUUUUCAUUCAUCUUUUUUCAAUGUUUAUGUUAAACAAAUAUACAACUUAUUUAAUAUACUUUACACUUGUUAAUAUUGUAAACAUCUUCACAUAUUCUAUGUUAAAUUGCUCAAUUAGGCGUUGGUUAAUUAAAUUAUGUACACAAAAAGUUAGCCAGAAGUAGUUGGCGUUAUUAUUGUUUAUUUUCGGAAAAUUAUAAAUUACAGAAUUGUGUUUAAAAAUUGUUGUGGGGGGAACACUAAUUCUUUUUAUGUUUUAUAUUCUCUCAGAGUUGUUAAUAUUAGAAAUUUAUGAUACUAUGAAAGAGUAAACAGAAUUAAAUAUCAGUGACCUAACCAGAGUUUGGGAUUUACAGCAAUAAUGAUCAUUAAAAUAAAGGCUUAAAAAAAGUGUUCAAAUAUUUCAUUUUGAACACACAAUAAGCACUUGAAAUUAUUAAAUAAACAAAAACAAGAUUAUAAUAACUAUGCACACAUUUUUUUUCUAAAUUUUCAUUUAAUUUUUCUUAAGAAAAAUUAAAGACUUAACAUCUUUAAGUUUUUAAGAAUAUUUUAACUUCUUAUUGAUUUUUUGAAAAAAAAAAUUUUGAAUCUUUUAAAUGUUUCUGAGCAGAUUUUAAAUCUUUUUAACCUAAAAAGCCAAUUUGUCCUCUUUAUCUUAAAUAUUAUUGUAAAUUUCAAAAAACUGAUGUUUUUAAAGUACCAACUAGUGGUCAAACGCAACAAAACAAUUCUUUUGUCAUAUAUUUAUUGGAACAAGAUUUUUAGGAGUAAAGUUGUUUAUAGAGAGAAAAAAUUUAAAAUAUGUAUCAUGAUAAAAUCAAUUCAUUCUUCCCUUCACUUAGAAUAUAAAACAGAAAUCAACUAAAAUUUUUGUUAUGAAACAGAAAUAUGCAACAAACUAAAAAUUUUAUCUCCAUGAUAAUUUAGUGAAGUUGUUUUUUGAUUUUCCAAACAGUGUUUAUAGUAGUUGAAAAAGACAGACAAAAUGUAGGUAUUAGUAAAAAAAUAUUACGGCAAUUUUUUUCCUUAUUAAAAUAAUAUUAUUUAAGAAAAUAUAUAAAGCAUGUGUAAAUUAUAUAAAUAUAUUGUUGACAAAAUAACACUAUUAACCAAACUCUACUCGUAAUUGUUUUUUAGUAAAUAAUAGAUUAUCAUUGCAAACAGAUAAACAUUAAAUUUCCCUUUUACCACCCCAGCGUCUCACCUUUAACAGUGGCCCACCCAUGUGUGAAUUAUGUUAGUCUUUCUUAAAUAUGAAUUGUUGAGUGUGAACUAAUUUUAUACAAAUACUAACUAAUAUUUUAUUUUAUUUUGAUUUUAGAGUUAAUGUACAAGUUAUAAACAAAAAAAUAAAAGAAGAGUAUACUGAAACACAUAUAGAGUGAGUAAUCUACACACUACUCUAAUAAUUUAUUCAAGUAUAAAUUUUAUGUUUUUCUAAAUAACUAAUUUGUCACAUUUUAACUAAUACCAGUGCAAAUCUUAACUUAAAAAAAAAAAAAAAAAUUGUUUAAUAUUAGUUUUACCUACUUUUUAAAAUGUAAAUUGUUAAGUGUCAUAAUCUCAUUUGAAACUUAAUGUAGGGUUGGUGUGUUUAAAAUAUUCUACAACUAUUUUAAUUGUAUGCCAACAAGCGUCCAAGAACUAUAGAAUUUAUAUUACUGGAUUCUGUGAUUUCUCCUGAUAAAAUCUGUUUUUGUAUAUCAUUCUUUGUUUUGAUGUCAUCAACAUUUUUGUAAAAAAAAAUUUUUUUCGCAUUUNUUUUUAGGGGGGGGGGUAGCUUUUUCAUUCCAUUUUGUUGACAAAAUCUUCUUUAUGGAGGAAUGGAACGUUUCACAUGAUUUGCCAACAAAUUACAACUCGGAAUACAACACUCGCACCAAAUAAAUUAAAAUAGUUUUGGAACUUUUUAAACGCACCUCAUACUAAAAAUAUAUUGUAUUUUUUGUUACUUUAGAGUUGAUAAACGAGUUAUCAAACAAGAAUUUAAUGAAGACAAUACUGAAACACAAAAAGAGUUAGUAAUUCAUAAACUCUAAAAUUAUCAAGUUUAAUUUUUGUUUGUUUUAUAGUUUUAUUUCAUAUAUUUUAUAUUAAUUUACUGUAUUUGACUAUUGAAUGAUAUAUAUACUUUAAAAAUGUCUAUAUCACUAAUAUUUUUUUUUUAUUAUUAUUUUUGAUGAUAAAUUCAAAGGUCAUAUUCUUAAAGCUAAAGUUUACAUUAUUAUUGUAGAUAAAUAUUUUCUAGAAAUUAGUCACAUUUUAGCCCGUGAAUUUCUUACCUUUACUUUAAGAAGUAGUAAUAAAUUGUUUUAAUAUUUGUUUUACCUACUUUUAUAAUUAUAAAUUGUUUAGUGUCAUAACUAGUGCUCGGAUUUUGUAGCAAAAUAAAUUCUUAAAAUUGCUUUUUUUGUAGCUAAAAAAAUCAUUUGUUUCAAAAUCCGAGCACUAUUUGUAACUACUUUGAAACAUAUGAUAAAAAUAUAUUAUAUUUUUUGUUAUUUCAGAGUGGAUGAACAAGUCAUACACCAAGAAGUNUAAUAUUUGUUUUACCUACUUUUAUAAUUAUAAAUUGUUUAGUGUCAUGACUAGUGCUCGGAUUUUGUAGCAAAAUAAAUCCUUAAAAAUGCUUUUUUUGUAGCUAAAAAAAUAAUUUAUUAAAUUAAUCCUAAAUAAUAAAUUUAAAUUACACAUUAAAUUAAAUAUUGAAAAAUGAUAGGUUAUGUUAAACAAAUUUAAAUUAAAUACUAAAAAAAAAUGUACGACCUUAUAUUUGGUUGUAAAUUCCUUUCAUUAAAACUCAUCCUAUUGGGUGUUAAAAUAAAGUUUACUCCAUUGAAAUCGGAACAUUUCAAAAAGUUUUUAUAUAUAUAAGAAUUAUCUUUCUAUUACACCCCUAUCAAAAGAAACAUUUGUUUCAAAAUCCGAGCACUAGUUGUAACUACUUUGAAACAUAUGAUAAAAAUAUAUUAUAUUUUUUGUUAUUUCAGAGUGGAUGAACAAGUCAUACACCAAGAAGUGAAAGAAGACGAUACUGAAACACAAAUAGAGUGAGUAAUUCUUAAGUAAAAUCUUAUUUGGUAGAGAAAUGUAAUGUUUUACAUGACUUGUCAACAAUUUACAACUGAAAAACUGUAGAUGUGCCGAGUGAAAAUUUUUUUUGAAAAUAUGGAGAAAAAUCUGUUCUGGUUUAUCAGGAACUUUUUGGUAUGGUAUAAAUAACAGUAAAAUUGUUUUGACGAUUUAUCAAUAAUUAUAAUCAUUACUUGUAUUAGUACGUUAUCGUCAAAUUUAAAACAAAAUCUUUUACCAACUCCCCCCCCCCUCAAAAAAAAGACAUUUCUUUUAGAUAUAUUACAAAAUUACCAAAUGUAAAAAAAAUAUUUUAAGAAUAUAACACUCGCACCAAACAAAUUCAAAUAGUAUUAAAACUUUUUGAACACAACUCUUACUAAAAAUAUAUUGUAUUUUUUGUUACUUUAGAGUUGAUAAACGAGUUAUCAAACAAGAAUUUAAAGAAGACAAUACUGAAACACAAAAAGAGUAAGUAGUUCAUACACUUCUCUAAUAAUAUUAUCAAAAUUAAUUUUGAUGUUUUCAAAAAAAAAAUCCUUGCACAAGUCGUAACUAAUUUGAAACAUGUGACAAAAAUAUACUAUAUUUUUAUCUUUUUUAGUAAUCAAUGGUUUAUCAUUGCUAAUUGAUACAAAUUAAUAUCCCUCUAUAUUUUACCUUCCCAACUUCUCACCAAUUGAAAAAUAAAUAAAUAUUUACUAACAAAUAUUAUAGUAUAUUAUUUUAUUAUUUUAGAAUUGAUGAAGAAUUUAUAAACCAAGAAAUAAAAGAAGAGAAUACUGCAACACAUAUAGAGUGAGUAAUUCACACAUUACUCUAAUUAUAUUAUUAAGUUUAGUUUUUGUUUAAUCAAAAUAAAACUAUAUUAAAUUUAAAUCAGAAUUAAUUUUUGUUUGUUUUAUAAUUUGUUAUACAUCAUAUAUUAGGGCUGACAGUAUACUCGGUAUACAGGUAUAUGAACAUGUAUACCAAAAAAACAGUAGGAUACGUGAUAUCGUAAAACUGUGUAUAACAGUCAAUUCAUAAUUAAUUUGAAGCAUAUACUGAAAAAUUUAUUCUAUUGUUUGAUAUUAUAGAGUUCAUGAACAAGUUUUAAAUCAAGAAAUAAAAGAAGACAAUACUGAAACACAAAAAGAGUGAGUAAUUCACAUACUACUCUAACAUUAUUAUUUAGAUAAAUUUUUAUAGUUUUCAACAGCUUUUGUUUACAGUUUUUAUAGUUACACCCGUCUCCACUAUCAUCUAUUUUGGAUUCUGAGUGAAUUGAGGAAUGUAUUGGUUUUUACAAUGAGGUUAAUUUAUUAUUUUUUAUCUGUGAACAACUUUUCUACCAGAAAUCUUACUAAGAUUUUUAAAUGCAGCACAUUUUCUUAAAUGAAAUUGAAGAUCAUAUUUUGAUUUUUAAUGAGUUUUCAUUAUAAUAUUGGGAAAACCGUUAAAAAUAUCGGUAUUUUUUAAUGUACUGGUAUUUAUCGGUAUUUCACUUUACCAAUCAUAUCAAUAUUUUGUUGUACUGCACUUAUCUGUAUACCGGUUCAAACCUGUAUCAAACACAAUACUUUUGGUAUUCAUUUUUUAUGUGAUCUUCACAUUGCAAAAAAAAUCGUGGGACAUCAUGUAUAAAUGGACAGGGACCACCAUGUACAGGGAAAAAAACCAGAAAAGUUAUUUUUUUUUUUUCUAAAAUAACGAUAUUGGUAUCAAAUAAUUUGUAUUGACCUGCCGUGUCUUAUGCAAUUAAAACGGCGAAAAACUCGGGUUGAUCGAAAGUACAGAGUGCUAGAAGUUUAGGCCUACUUAGAAAAAAAACAGAAAAUCAAUUUAUAACUAGGUAAGUAUUGGGUUAAUAUACGGUUAUGACCUUAAAUAAUAUAACAUGACAUGUGGUCACUAAAUUUCGAAGUUUAAAAUUGAACUUAAUCCGAACUUUAACCUUGUAAACUAAAGUUUUUACAUUUUUAAGUUAAAAACACGUUUUUCUCUUUUUGAAAAAAAGUGACUUUUGGUUUUGUUCCUGUACCCUUCAUAUAUAAGUAUUGAAUAUACUUCAAUCAAAAUUGUCAUCCAAAAUUUCUAAAUGAUGGUUUUGGUUUAAUAAUUUUUUAAUAUCAUUAUUAUUUCCAAUAAAAAAAAAAAUAUAACUGAUGGUUUUAACAGCAAAUUAAAUUAAGUUUGGUUAAUUUUCUGUUAGUUAAUAAACUAUAAAUUAUUUAUUUUUCAGAUACAAAUGCAAUAAGAAAACUCGCACUGAAAAAACAACACGCACUGUUAAGCAUUCAAAAACAAAACCAUUUCAGUGUGAUAUCAGUAAUAAAUCAUUUAUUGGACAAAAUCCUGAUUUGAAUGUACAUGUAACAACUCAAAACAUACGUUAUAAAUGUGAAAUUUGUGAGAAACCAUUUGGACAAAAACAAAAUUUGAUAGUACACGUGAGGACUCAUACCAAAGAAAGACCUUAUAAAUGUAUUGUAUGUAAGAAAUCAUUUGCACACAAAACUAAUUUGACAGUACACAUGAGAACUCAUACCGGUCAAAAACCUUACAAUUGUAAUUUUUGUAAAAAAUCCUUUUCUCAAUUUAAUCAUUUAAAAACUCACCAGUUAACUCAUACUGGAGUUAAGACUUACCAAUGUGAUAUUUGUAGCAAAUUCUUUGCACUCAAACAACAAUUAAUAGUUCACAAGAAGACUCAUAGUGGCGAGAAGCCUUUUAAUUGUGAUGUUUGUAAAAAAAAGUUUUCUCAAUUUAACAGUUUAAAAUAUCAUAAAGUAAUUCACACUUAAAAUAAGUAUACUUAUUUUCUUCUAUGCAUAGUUUAUAGUUUUUUUAAGUCUUAACUAUUUGUAAUUUAUAACUGUUAAUGUUUUCUUGUUCUAUUGUACUGCUUGCCAUGUGUAUCACAUACUUACUGUAAUAAUUUCAUUGUUUUAAAUGAUAAAAAAAAGUAUUUCAUUUAUAUAUAUAUAAAAAUAAAAUAAAAUAAAUAAGCCUUUCAAUUGAGACUUGUUUAAUAGUCACUAAUUACAAAAUUUAUUAAGCGUAUUAUGUUAGUUUACACAAAAAAAAACUCAUAAAAAUGUAUUAUCGGAAUUAAGAAUAUAUUUUAUCAAUCUUAAUAUUAACAAGGACAUUUGAAGGUUAAUACUAAUUUUAAAACUACAAAGGUUAUAUGUCAAUCCAAAUUUUGAUCUUGGAGAAACUUUUAUCAGUGUACAAAAUAUACUAACAUCAUAUAUUAAGGGACCCUCCUUUUUUUUUCAAUUUAAUUUUUUUGAAUCAAAGCACCCGUUAAUUCAAUGUAUAAGCCAUUUUUUUUCAACCCCUUGGUAGACCCCCCUAGCUACAAAUUCUAUUAUAAAUUAAGUGCCACUGAGUUUUAUGUUAAAAAUUGAUCUUAGAUAGAAGAAACCCAUGACUUUCAGUGCUUUGCAGAUGGUAACAUUAAUGUGGUGGCUGAAAUCAAAGAAGAGUAUGAAAUGUAUACCAAGAUCUUUAAUAAUAAAAACACUCCAGGGAGAAGCCAUUGAUAUGGUAAGAAAAGAAUGUUGGGUUAUGACGUUUAGAAUAAGUCAUUAUAUGAUAUUUGGCUAGGUUAAAACUCAGCCCAAGACGCGGGACCCAUUGAACAAACUUGUUGAGUUGGUGUUGCAGUCUGAUAACAAGAAAUAUCUUUAGAUUCCAAAAAAAAAUUAAUACCCGCAGAGAAGAAAUUUAGCCUUGGUGAUUGACAUACUGAUUGAGUUAACAAACAAGAUAAAAAGUAAGGGACUAAGAUAACCUCCUUGGGAGUCACCAGAGGGUAUGUUAGCUAGGGAUGGCUUACAAUUAUUAACCGUUACAAACUGCUGCCUAUUGGAAAGGUAAGAACUCAACCAAGAAAGAAGAGGGUCAUCGAUAUCUAGCAGGUCUAGCUCAUUGAUAAGGAAGCUAUGGUCAACAGUGUCAAAUGCUUUUUUGAAGUCAGUGAAGACUGCAUCUACCUGACCACUCUUUUCAAUGAGUAAGUAGUAAAACCAACACUACUAGUGACCGUAGACUUGCCAGAUCUGAAACCAUAUUGUUCAUCUAAAAUUAUAUGAUUUAGACUUCGUUUAAUAUUAGACUAAACUAGAGACUCAAUGAGUUUGGCUAAAUGUGGAAUUAUGGAGAUAAGUAUAUAGUUUGUAACAUCAGAAGGAUCAUCUGUCUUGAGAACUGGCAUUAUGAAACAAAUUUUUCAGACAGAUGAAAAAUAUUGUUAAUUAUAAAGUUAUUUUAAACAUUUACAUAUUACAGUAUCAAAAUUAAAAAAGCUGAUGAUUGGGGAGAGUCGUGUUGACAUCUUUAAGUUAUUAUAUAGUAAAAAAAAAUAUCAAAAAAGUUAAUAAUUUUGAGUUUUUACUUUAAUAUGUAAAUGUUUGAAAUAACUUUAUAAUUAAGUUUUAAGUAGUAAUAUAAAAAGUAAAUAUGAUAGGUAAAUUUUGAUUUCACUAAAAUGUUGAGCAUGAAAAUAGUAUGGUGCAUUUACAAAAUUGAAAAAUUUUUGGUAUUUUAUAUUUAAAAACACUGAAAAAUUGAGAAGGUUUUUUAACAUAAGUCCCAAGGAAAGUUUGAGUUUUGAAAUUUACGUUUAAAUUGAGCAUGCAUUAACACAUAUUUUGAAGAAAAAAAAUCGCUUGAGCUGUAAACUAAAUUUAUACCAAAAUUACUGCUCAUCUUCUUUGAAAAACAAAAAAACUUCAAGAAAAAAUACCUAACGUAUUUAUAAUAUAAUCUGAAAUUAAAAUUAAUAGUACAAAAUAAGAUUAAUUACUGAAUGUAAAUUUGACAUUACUUAUUUAAUUUUCAACAUUAGCCAUAACAUGUUAUAAGCAUAUUGGGUCGGUUUUAAUGAUUUUUCUGGGCCUAAGAUACCUAUGCCAAUUCGUCUAAAUAGGUAUUUAAGUAUUUUCAAAACAGAAAUGCCUUUACAAUAUUUUAAAAUAAAAUAAAUUGAUAUAAAUAUACUAUGACGUUUGCGAUAAACAAGAAUCAGUUGUAGUAGUUUUUUUAUUUAUUUUUAUUUUUUUAUCGUAUCUACUAGAAAUUUUGCUCCAAUAAAAAAAAAACGAAAGUGCUUUUUUGUUGCAUUUUGGAUGUAGUUGGCGCGUUCAGGAAGACAUUUUUAAAUUUUUAAGGGGUUUGUAAAAUAAUUGGAAAAAAACUUAAGAAAUACACAAACAUUUACGGCAUUAAUGGUUUCAUGAUUUUAGUUUUAUCGUAUAUCAAUUAAAAAUUAUUGCACAGAGCUGAAAUUAUCACAACAUAUUUAUAUUAACAUCUUCUAGACUCGGUGAAAUUUCCAAAACUUUUUGGUGAUUUUUUAGCUAUUUCCAAGCAAUUUACAUUUAUAAGGUUUUUUUACGUAAUUAUUUAGUAGAUACUAUGUGGAUAAAAUUGUUUGACAAACAUAAAUUCUUGAAAAUUUAACAAGUUAUUAUUGUACUUAAAAAAAAACAUGGUAUAAUUUAAUAGUUAUGACUUUUUGAGUUCAAAUUUUGACGAAAAUCGUAAUUCACUGAAAAUUGUUUUUCAUUAGCAAUGAUUUAUCGUUACUUAUAAAUUACAGAUAUAAAUUAAAUAACUAAAAAUGUAAACUAAAUAAACAUAAAUGUGGGUAUCUCCAACUUCUCACCUAUAACAGUGAUGCACUCAUUAACAAUAUCAGCUUUUUUCAUGGGCGCCCGUAGGGGGAGCAAAAGGGGCCGUUGCCACCCUCCCCGAGAUAUCCAACAGUAUGUACUUUUACCACACAUGACAGCAUACCAAUUUACUAUAACGAUGUAUACAAUAUCUCUAAAGUAAAAUGUUUUUACGGGUUUUUCCCUCGGGGUGAGAUUUUAUCCUGCAGGCGUACUUGGCUCUACUUAUUAUACUGAGCCAUUGUAAGAUCACCUCUAUUUUUUUCAUUAAUAAGAGUGAGUUCGUUUCUUGUGAUUUUAAUUCUUUAACACAUAUUUCACAUAAAAAAGAGAAACGUUAAUGUGUGAAAUGCUAAAUCAUAGUACCAUACUAUUCGGUAAUCAAUAAUCAGAAAAAAUUAUUUUGUAAAUAUCAUCACUCUUGUUUAGCCGUUAUCAUUUUAAUAUUAUUUGAAUAUCCAAGGUGAACAAAAUAUUUUGGUUGUAACGUCUUUGGAAAUUCUAACUUACGUUUGUCUUUCACACAUAUAUUUACUUCAACAAAAUACACUACUAGGAUAUGAUAUGCACUUCCAUUUUUCAUACGUCCAUGCAUAUGGUACAUCGGUAACAUAAUAUUAUUAGAGUACCUACAUGUAUAGACGUUUCCAUAAAUGAUAAAAUUAUCAUACCAUGCACCGAUCUCGAACACCUAUCCGAAAGUAUUACUUAUGCUCAUCGUUCAUAUGGCAAAGAUACAAGUAUUUUUAAUAGCAAUGAAAUUAAUAGGUACGAAAUGUAAUAAUUCACGUCGCCCUCCGCGCACAUUGCGGGUACAAAGGUCGUGAUUUUCCGUUUUACGAAUAUUAUUCCGCGCUCGCGUUGCCCCGCAUACCCUGUGAUCACGAUCGUUUGCCGAUGUCAAGACAACAGAUUUUACCUAUACGAAAUAUAAUAGACGACGACGACAAACCGGUGUGAACCUAUCGGUCCAAGAGCUAUAACGUACACCUCUCCCGCCUAUCUACCCUCUACAACCGUCGAAUAUUAUUUCGUCUCCACACGCGCAUUCGAGUCUCUCGUGUACCCUCCGUUACGAACAAAUACUAUCUAUACCACAGAAUUUUUUUAUUUUUUUAUCAUCGACCUGACAGACAUGUUCGCCGUCAAAAUACAAAUAAUAACUCAUCACGGUACGUUAACAUAACGCCAGAUAUUCUAACACGUAUAAUUUUUCACUGAUUGACGAAAUCCUGUCAAUCAUACUAGACACACUGAAAUACAAAUCGAACAUAUUUCUAGAAACUGGCAAUAUUCUAGUGAUCACGUUGUGUGUACAAAAAGGAAAACGUCCUUGUAAUGGAAACAAAAACCGUGACCGGCUAAAGCGUCAUAUUAAACAGACAGAAUUUAUAAGCACUUCAAAGUUUGAAUGGAAUGGUGCAUUUUCGAAACGCACGGAAAACCGCCAUCAGUAUUAAAACAAUUUGAUCAGAUUGGUCCUUAUAUAAAUGAAGAAAUUACCAAAAUGAAAACACGGAACGUUGAUGGCAAGUUUACAUAAACUUUUAAGAUUAUUACUUAGCUCUUCAUCUUCGUCUUUGUCCUAACUCUUUGAAGUCGGCCACCUUCGUCCUUAAUUUCCACUAGACCUGAUCCCCCACAUAGUCCUCGUAUACACCCGCCGUCAUAAUAUAAUCAUUUCUAAUCGCAUUCAACCACCUUUUUUUCGGUUUUCCUCUCCUCUUUCCUCAUACGCCUAUUAUCUUUGCAACUCUUACUGCUUCUGAUUCCUUUUUCCUCAUGACAUGCCCAAACCAUCUCAGUUUAUUUUCCCACAUGUUAUCCACUAUCUAAACUACACCUAAAUUACCUUGUAUGCACUUAUUCCCCAUUUCUCAUUGUCAUACUCCACUCAAGCGUCCUCAUCUUCACUACACUCAUUCUCUGUUCUAUUUUUUGCUUACCACCCAACAUUCCGAACUAUAUAAUAUAGCCAGUUACAAUUUACCUUUAAAUCUCAUUGGAAUCCUAUUGUCACAUAAAAAAUUUGAUGCUUCUCCACUUUAUCCUACCACACUUAAUUCUAUAUUUCACAUACUCGUCAAAGAUUACUUAUCUAAUUUAUAUUCUAAUAAUUAGGACAAAUAUUUUCACAACAGUGCAAAAAAGAUGCCCAAGUACUACUUAGAUAUGAAAAAUUCCCUCAUGGAAGAAUACAUGGCUAACAGUGUUCAGCUAAAAUUAGUAGAUCACUAUAAAGGAAUGGCCGUACACGAAAUUCAGGCAUCUAAAGUUAUUGACAAAGAAUAUUUUAAUUACAACGGAGAUGUCGCGGCGGAUGCGUACCACAAAAUAAAUAUGGACGUCAGACUACUUAAAGAAUUGGGAGUCAGUUUUCAAAUGAAUUAAUAUUUUAUCAAAAUAAUAUUUCAAUGAAAAACUAUUAAUUUUUGAAUUUUUAUUCUACACAGGUUCAAGUGUACCGAUUUUCAAUUUGCUGCACAAGAAUAAUUCCAUCAGUACACGAGCAUUUACUGGGACAAAAGGGAUUAGAAUAUUACAAUAAAUUAAUCAAAAAUGAUAAUAACACUAUUUAAUGGUAAAUACCAAUAAAUGCUAUAUAUCUAUAUUAUAUUAUAUUAUACAGUGGAUUCUACUUAAGUAGUAAGCCCCCAAUAUGGACACAACAAUCUAAUCCCAAUUCUAAUGUGUAAAGAUGCACAUUUCGGUUAAAAUGGGUAACCACUUAAUGCUGUUACCACAUUAAGGUACUGACGCGAAUCAUACUACAUUAACUCGUUGCAAUUUAUUGCGGUUAAAAGAAUUACAACCUCUCAUUGAUUCAUAUAUUUUUUUAAAACAAUGAAUUAAAUUUAUAACAAUUAUGUUUUGAUCUUAUUUAUUCAUUAUUAAAAUGAGAUAUUCAAGAUUAUCAGAAACUUGUCAAUGCAGUACAUUUGUAAGCACUUAUAUUCAUAAUUUUAAUUUUAAUUUAACCGAGCUAUACUGUGAACAGAAAUGUUUUAUACACUAAGUUCAACAAUUUCAUCAUGAAAGAUUGAGUAAUAUGAUACUUCAAAAUUUGGCAUCUUUAGCAUUAUCUAUAUUUUCCUUUCCAUUUUUAGAGACUUAGAACUCUUAGCUAUCAAUUGGUAUGAUUAAAAAUAUAGUACUAAAAUGUAUUAUUGUAUUUUAAAAUUAUUAUAAACAAAUGCAAUUAUUAGUAUAGUAUGUUUUAAAUGUAUGUUCCAAGAUUUAUCAUAAUAUGUAUUAAAUUAUUCGUUAUCAUGUUAUUUUUCGUAUUAUGGUCACCGUAGAAACAGAUUUAGAAUAUGUAUUUUUAUAUUGAAUAGAUAUUAUAGCAUACCCCUAUUUCUCAAUAAGUUUGAGAGAGGUAAGGAUCAUAAGACAGUAAAACUAUGCAGUUUGUACACUAAUCCAUUCAUAUCAAAAACAUUCAUUCCCUGUAUAACAACCUUCUUUUGAAAUAUUACAAAUAUGAGAAAAAUUGUAUACUUUAACACAUAUUUUCAUUUAAUAUAAAUUUUAAUGAAUAUAAGAUAUUUUUAAUUUUUCAUAUAAUAAUAACAUAAAUUCAAAGCAUAAUAUAAAAUUAUAAUUUAGUAUUAAUUUUUGUUUUUUUUAUAUUCAAAUUUUCAUUUCAGUUCAGAUAAUGUUAUGCAAACACUAAUAUUAAAUACACAAAUUAAGUAUAUAUAAUAAUUGUUUAAUAUUCAUAUUUUAUAAGUACUGAAACCUGUUUCCGGAUUUUUUGUAAAUAUUUCCAGCCCAGCCUAUAUCGUCUCAUUUAUUAUUGUUAUAAAUUGUUGGAUUUUAGAUCCAUUGUCAUCAGUUUUCAAUUUUAGUGUACAUUUUGUUACUUUCCAUCUAAAAAUGUAUAAAAAUAUAUUACAGAAACUAUAUUUUAUUAUAGCUAAAUUUAAAAUUACUGCUCGUUAGGCACGACCUCUUCCAUCUUUGGUCUGGUAGUGGUGAAUCAUCCAGUAGUCUGUCACUUUUUUAUCAAUCGGCUUUUUCCAAACAUGGUUUUUUUUAUCGUCAUUUUUUAUAAAUAAUGAAUUUUGCUGUAUUUUGUUUCGUCAACAAUUGCUUUUUGCAGAAUAUGUUCAUAGAAAUUAUUCGUCUGAAAUAUAAGAAUAAAAUAUUUAUAUAUUCUAUGUAAUUAAAAAUGUAUAGUUUUUGCGGAGGUUGACUACUUUUUUAAUUUUUUUUAGACCCUUUUCACUGAUUUCUUUUCAUUACAUUUUGUUUAGUUUCCGUUUUUAUUACCAAUUGAGGGGUCAUGUUUGUAUCACUGAAAAUAAUAUUAAUUAUUCUGAAAAAUACUUACCUAUAAGUUACAUCUCUGGUGCUAUUUUCAAAAUUUGUUAGUUCGCUAAACUGGUUCAUAUUUUAUAGUAAAAAAUAAUAUUUUUGCACAAUAUAAAAAUAUUCAAUAUUGUUUCUGGUUUAGAAGACUACAGUGAAAACAAAAAAAAAAAAUAUAUUAAUAUAUUAAAUAAUUAAUUUACAGUUCAUUAUAACAGGUAAAAUAGAAAAAAUUAUCAACGAGCAACGAGAGAUGGCGUUGAGCGCCGUAUCACCGCCGUCCCGGUAUGCCGUAAUCACGCCCACUAUCUCGGUUUCAUGACUACCAGUUCGCGGAGUUGCGGAUGGUUUUGUAUCGCGCCGUAACGCGUUUUAUUAUUUUAUGGGCGGUAGUGCUGUUGACAUAAUUAAAAUUCACGAACUAUAGUAUAUAUAUACUAUAUAGACAACGAAAACUGAGCGCUGCCCGUCAUGUACCAAGCGGCAGUUUACUAGAAGUGGUUAUCAAUUUUUGAAAUAAAAAGCCCGCGUUUUUUUUUUAAAGAUCAAAUUAUUUAUAAAAAGGUAUUAUUCUUUUUUAUUAGUUAUAGAUUUAUUUUACAUUCCAUUAUACAAAUAAUUCAAAAUUAUUUACAAUGGAAAAAUAAUAAAACACAAAUAUAUUAUCGUUAAAUGACAAUUUUUAUAAAAGUGUUUCGACAUCAUCUUCACUGUCUUCGUAUAUGCCAAAAUCACUGUCUUCAAUUUGGAAGGUUAUGAUGAUCGGCUCUAACAAACUGCCUCUUAAUAUCUCCUUUUCAUUAUCUUGAUCCAGGAUUGUCUCAGCCUGUUUGACGUAUUUUUUCCAAUCACAUUUUGAUACCAAGUCCAAUGCCUCGUGAAUGAGUCUUUCGAGGUCCAUUUUGAACGUUGAAUUAUUUUUUGCCACUUCGCCUUUCACUUGAGCCCAUAUAAGUUCAAUGGGGUUUUAGUGAAAAUGGUACGAUGGCAGUCUUACUACUUCAUGACUCAUUAAACAUGCUAUGUCAUCUAAUUCAUAUCUUUUAUGUGACGGUUUCAACAAUUUCACACGUUUGCGAAGUUCGGCUAGAGUUUCCAAUGGUGAAUAAUUAAUAUUUUGAUUUUUCAGCCAUUCCUGCACCUCAGACUUUCGAGCAUUACAUUUUGGAUAAUUGUUCACCAACAUAGAAUGAUAGAGUGCGUUAUCCAUUACAAUUACACAUGGUUCGGGAAUUAGUUUUAGCGUAUUUAUAAACCAUUUUUUAAGUACAUCUGAAUUCAUUGACGAAUGGUAGUUAGUAGAAUUUUCAGCUUGACAUUUAAAAACUAAUUUUGAUCCCUCUAUAAAUUCGAAACGCGAUGAUCCAGCGUGACUAAUUAUUAUACAACCUCCUUUGCCAAUUGGUAUUUUGAAUUCUUCCGUUUCUUCAUUAUUCUGCCAAAUAUGAGACCUUAAGUGAUUUUGAUUUACCCAGGUUUCAUCCAGGUAAACCACAGGUCGGGUAUCUUCAUUCUGCCUGAGUGUACAUAUUGUACGUAAAAAUUUACAUCGUAAAGCGACUAUAUCGUUUCGCUCCAUAAGCAUUUUGCGGCCAUUAUUGCACUUCUUAAAAGUAAAUUUUAAAUUUUUUAACAAAUUUCUCACCGAUCAGACGCAUCCUUGAUAAUGUGGUACUUUUUUUUUAAUUUCAUUUAAUAUUGAAAAACCAGUCGGAUAUUUGUUUUUUUCGUAAAACUCGUGUAUGAUCCGGUGAAUCAUAUCAGCAUUUAAAUCGUCUAGCUCCAAGCACUUCUUUGAACGUUUGUACAAUUUACGAGGUGAUUUAAAUUGCACUUCUUCAUCACUAUCGUCUAUAGAUUUUUUUGCUUCUACACAUAUACGUCGCAUUGUCAUUUGUGAAACACCACAAGCUUGAGCUGCAAUUUUUUGUGCACCUUUAAAAAAAUCUGAAUUCAGAUCUUUUUUUUCUGAGCACAUUUUAAUGAAAUUAUAAACACUAAAAAUUAUUUUUUUGAUCUGACUAUGUAUGUCACGAUUUUUUAACGAUAUUUUGAAGUUGAGAAUCAUUGGCCUUAACGGCGGAUAUAAACAACAGGUCGCUGAAGCUAGCGCUCAUUUUCCGUUACCCCGACUAUAAUUACCUUUAAAAGCUACUUUUUUUUUAUAUAUAUAUUUAUAUAUAUAUGUACGAAUAAAUAGAUCAUUAAAUAUAUUUUCUACCAUAGCUUGAAUCGUUUUAAUAGUAUUACUUUUUAUAUUAUUGAACAACUAGCGAUGAAAACGAUAUACCUACCUAUUUAUGUACAAUAAAAACUUACUAUGCGAUUUUUCGGGAAACGUUUUGAUUGACUCAAGUACUAAAAUAAUGCCAAAUAGUAGGAUUCAUGAAGCUACAUAAUAUUUAUCCGUAGGUAUCCAACAAUUCACAAUUGCUAACGAAAAACGAUUCUGAACAAAGCUCUGUUAUAGGUGCUUUGAAAUGUCGUGGUAUAUUGUUCGUGUAUAAAAAACAUAAUAAUUAAGUAAUAUAUAGUGAUAUAUUAUUGUAUGUGUUCAUAGAUAAUGCAUAGGUAUAAAUUUUAAUAUUUGAAGUAAUAAAAGUGAAAUAAAAACCCUCCAUUUACUAAAAAGUACCAUUUCAGGAAAAUCACCUUUCAGAAAAGAUGCUACACUUGAUACUUUUGAGCAAGUUUAGUAAGAGAAAAUAUCUUCACACUAAAAAAAAAAAUAGGUAAUAUAAUGGGGACGGGUUUAACCAUUGGUGUAGAUGGGAAGUUUGCUAGGUAAGAUAUAAACGGGAAUUAAUUUAACUAAUACUUACAUUUCUUAUAUUUUCCCGUUUUUUUUUUUUUUUUUUUUUUUUUUUCGGAAUUUUCAAAUUUGAUGAGAAAAUCGAAAAACGACCUCUCUAAAGUACAUCUCCAAUGAUAUUUCUUUUCAGAAACAUUGCUAUCAAUAAAAGUUUGAGCAAAAUUGCUGGUAGAAAAGUUGUUCACAGAAAAAAAAAUCGAAAAAUAAUAUUUAUUAAAUUUUCCCGUUAUUUUUCAUUUUUUCGCAUUUGAUGAGAAAACUCUUGAGAAAAUCAAAAAAUGACUUAAAAGUACCUCUCCACGCCAGUUUCUUUUCAGAAAAGUUGCUACACGUAGAAUUCCGAGCUUUUGGUAGAAAAGUUGGGCACAAAUAAAAAAAAAAUAAACAACUUAGUAAAACGAUACGCUUCGCUUCACUCAGAAUCUAAAAUUACAUUCAUGAUAUUUAAUAACGGAAGUUUACUAAUUUUUAUCACAGUUCCGUUAUAGUUUCUAUGGUGCUCUUUAUGCACACUGUUUUGAGUCUUAUCCUUUAUUUAUGUACCUAUGUGUGUGUUAUAAAAAAAGAUGGCAGCACAUUUCUUAUCUACUGUCUUUUUCUAUCACGGUAUCUCGGUUAUGUUUACAAUAUUGGUCUUGAGCCGGGUAAACAUAUAGCGUUCAGUGAUCAAUACUCUUUUCUUUAAUGUGUGUAGAACACAUUACAAUCUACAAUCCUUUACUCUGUUUUGUGUAUGAGGUUCUACCUAGUUUAUUUUGCUUAGAAUUAUUUUGACUGAUAGGCAUUAUAUUACAUUUUAGGAAAAGCAUUAAAAUAAUUUAUUCAAUAGCUAUUUGAUUAUUUGAUUGUUUAUAUUCACAGUAUUUAAAAAUAAAAAUAUUAGACAUUUUCGUCAUGGAAGUAAAUGAAAAAAUUGAAAGUUCUUUGACAAAUUCAAUGUGAGUAAACGUAUUAAUUAUUAUUAUUUAUUGUAUUGUAUGUAACUUAAAAUAAUAAUAUUAUAAGUAAAAAUGUUAAAUUAUUUUUGAUUAAUUUGAGAUGUUUUUGUUUAAUUUUGUUAAUAUCCAUAUUCCACUUGUCUACGUUAGAUGCUUUAGGUCAUGUGAGUAAUUUAUAAUCAUUUUUUUUUAAACUCCUUUGAUACAGUAAUUUUGACUGGGAUAAUGACAAAAAUGACAAAUAUUUUUCAUGUUCAAUCGUUUUCCAUAGUUAAUCUUCUCGUAGCUUUUGCUUGUUAUGAAAUAGUUAAUUUCUACUCCUAGGUAUUUAAAGUAUUAAUAGUUACAGAUUAUACAUUUUAAUUAGUUUUUAAGUAUUAAUAUUUUAAAGUAAUUUUAAAAAAGUUAAAAAAGUAUAAAAAUAAAUAUGUUUUCUGUACGCCACUGUUCUUCUUGUUAUUGUUAUGCGAUUGAAUUUUCGACUUUCCCAUUACCUUGUGAAAUAUGAUUGGUUUAGAAGUGCACAUUCAUGAUUUUAAAAAAAGUUUGAUCUUUAAAAGUCUAUCUCUUGAGAUCAAAAAAGAGUUAAAGUAUAUAUGUGUUCUUUAUGUGAUUCUUAUAUUCUAAAAUGUUUUUAUAAUAAAUGAACGAAUGCGUCAUCUGGAGUAUUAUGAUAAGUGUAUUAUACGGCUGGUUUCGAGUUAAUCAUAGUAUACCAUAGUCAAAAUGAAAAACGUGACUGAUUAUAAAAAAGUUAAAUGAAGGAAUACAUUAAAAAAAAAAAAAUGGCCAUUUUACGUAGAAUAUAAGUUACAUUUCAGUUUAUAUAUACCAGCAUUUUCAAAAAAAGGGGACUUUUGUGAAGUGUUAAGUUCUAUUGUUAAUAUGUUUGAUUAAAUUAUUGUAAGUCUUAAAAGCAAUUUGUAUAUUAUUUGUAUUAUUGUUCAAAAUUUUAUUUUGAUAUUUCAUAAUACAAUAGAUAACAUUAUAUGAAAAAUAUUUUUUUUUAAAUAAAAUUUGCAGAAACCCAUACAAUAUUCCAUUAUUCACUCAGAAUAUAAAACAGAAAUUAACGUAAAUUUUUUUUAUGAAGCAGAAAUAUACAACAAACUAAAAAUCAUUAGAAAUACGAGAAAAAAGCAAAUUUCUCUAAAAAGAAAAACCUAAAUAAACCAAAAAAUCAUUUUCAAAUUGCAUAUUUGAGAUCAUUGUAACAUGACAAGAGUAUCUAUAGCACUCUGAUUAUAACAAUAAAUAAAUGGUUAAUAUAAAAAUUACCUUCUUAAAUCUAAAAUUAAUUUUUCUAUAAAAUUAACUCUUAACAAUUUGAUACAUUUUGACAUAGUAGAUUUAAUUUGAUUAAUAUUUUUUUUACAUACUAUUGUUGAGUGUUAUUUGAAACAUAUUUUAAAAAAUGUAUUGAAUUUAUUUUUACUUUUGGGUUGAUAGACAUAGACAAAAUGUAGGUAUUAGUAAAAAAAUAUUUCGGCAAUUUUUUUCCUGUGAACAAUUUUUCUACCAGUAAUUUUCCUAUGAUUUAGCACUUUUUCUGAAAGAUAGUCUGACUAGAGUGAUACUUAGGGGCUAUAUUUUUUGAUAUUUUGAGAAUUUUUCCCAAUAAAUAGAAAACAUGAAAAAAUACAGAAAAAUAAUAAUAUUAUUUAAGAAAAUAUAUAAAGCAUGUGUAAAUUAUAUAAAUAUAUUGUUGACAAAACAACACUAUUAACCAAACUCUACUCGUAAUUGUUUUUUAGUAAAUAAUAGAUUAUCAUUGCAAACAGAUAAACAUUAAAUUUCCCUUUUACCACCCCAGCGUCUCACCUUUAACAGUGGCCCACCCAUGUGUGAAUUAUGUUAGUCUUUCUUAAAUAUUAAUUGUUGAGUGUGAACUAAUUUUAUACAUAUACUAACUAAUAUUUUAUUUUAUUUUUAUUUUAGAGUUAAUGUACAAGUUAUAAACAAAAAAAUAAAAGAAGAGUAUACUGAAACACAUAUAGAGUGAGUAAUCUACACACUACUCUAAUAAUUUAUUCAAGUAUAAAUUUUAUGUUUUUCUAAAUAACUAAUUUGUUACAUUUUAACUGAGACCAGUGCAAAUCUUAACUUUAAAAAAAAAAUAAUAAAUUGUUUAAUAUUAGUUUUACCUACUUUUUAAAAUGUAAAUUGUUAAGUGUCAUAAUCUCAUUUGAAACUUAAUGUAGGGUUGGUGUGUUUAAAAUAUUCUACAACUAUUUUAAUUGUAUGCCAACAAGCGUCCAAGAACUAUAGAAUUUAUAUUACUGGAUUCUGUGAUUUUUCCUGAUAAAAUCUGUUUUUGUAUAUCAUUCUUUGUUUUGAUGAAUACAUAUUUUGUAUUUGAAGAGCCUUUUUUGGGGGGGGGGGUAGAUUUUUCAUUCCAUUUUGUUGACAAAAUCUUCUUUAUGGAGGAAUGGAACGUUUCACAUGAUUUGCCAACAAAUUACAACUCGGAAUACAACACUCGCACCAAAUAAAUUAAAAUAGUUUUGGAACUUUUUAAACGCACCUCAUACUAAAAAUAUAUUGUAUUUUUUGUUACUUUAGAGUUGAUAAACGAGUUAUCAAACAAGAAUUUAAUGAAGACAAUACUGAAACACAAAAAGAGUUAGUAAUUCAUAAACUCUAAAAUUAUCAAGUUUAAUUUUUGUUUGUUUUAUAGUUUUAUUUCAUAUAUUUUAUAUUAAUUUACUGUAUUUGACUAUUGAAUGAUAUAUAUACUUUAAAAAUGUUUAUAUCACUAAUAUUUUUUUUUUAUUAUUAUUUUUGAUGAUAAAUUUAAAGGUUAUAUUCUUAAAGCUAAAGUUUACAUUAUUAUUGUAGAUAAAUAUUUUCUAGAAAUUAGUCACAUUUUAGCCAGUGAAUUUCUUACCUUUACUUUAAGAAGUAGUAAUAAAUUGUUUUAAUAUUUGUUUUACCUACUUUUAUAAUUAUAAAUUGUUUAGUGUCAUGACUAGUGCUCGGAUUUUGUAGCAAAAUAAAUCCUUAAAAAUGCUUUUUUUGUAGCUAAAAAAAUAAUUUAUUAAAUUAAUCCUAAAUAAUAAAUUUAAAUUACACAUUAAAUUAAAUAUUGAAAAAUGAUAGGUUAUGUUAAACAAAUUUAAAUUAAAUACUAAAAAAAAAUGUACGACCUUAUAUUUGGUUGUAAAUUCCUUUCAUUAAAACUCAUCCUAUUGGGUGUUAAAAUAAAGUUUACUCCAUUGAAAUCGGAACAUUUCAAAAAGUUUUUAUAUNGCAAAUCUUAACUUAAAAAAAAAAAAAAAAUUGUUUAAUAUUAGUUUUACCUACUUUUUAAAAUGUAAAUUGUUAAGUGUCAUAAUCUCAUUUGAAACUUAAUGUAGGGUUGGUGUGUUUAAAAUAUUCUACAACUAUUUUAAUUGUAUGCCAACAAGCGUCCAAGAACUAUAGAAUUUAUAUUACUGGAUUCUGUGAUUUCUCCUGAUAAAAUCUGUUUUUGUAUAUCAUUCUUUGUUUUGAUGAAUACAUAUUUUGUAUUUGAAGAGCCUUUUUUGGGGGGGGGGGUAGAUUUUUCAUUCCAUUUUGUUGACAAAAUCUUCUUUAUGGAGGAAUGGAACGUUUUACAUGAUUUGCCAACAAAUUACAACUCGGAAUACAACACUCGCACCAAAUAAAUUAAAAUAGUUUUGGAACUUUUUAAACGCACCUCAUACUAAAAAUAUAUUGUAUUUUUUGUUACUUUAGAGUUGAUAAACGAGUUAUCAAACAAGAAUUUAAAGAAGACAAUACUGAAACACAAAAAGAGUAAGUAGUUCAUACACUUCUCUAAUAAUAUUAUCAAAAUUAAUUUUGAUGUUUUCAAAAAAAAAUUCUGGCACUAGUCGUAACUAAUUUGAAACAUGUGACAAAAAUAUAUUAUAUUUUUCAUUAUUUUAGAGUUGAUGAACAAGUUAUGAACCAAGCAACAAAAGAAGAAAAUACUGCAACACAUAUAGGGUGAGUAAUUCACACGUUACUCUCAGUAUUUUUAAGUUUUAUUUUAAUAAAUUUAAAAAAAAUAUAUAUAUAUAUAUUAAAAUUAAUUUUUGUUCGUUUUAUAAUUUUAUACAUCAUAUAUUAGAGUUGAUUGUAUAUUUGGUAUACCGGUAUUUGAACAUUUUUAUGUCAAACUUUUAUCCAGUAUAUUGUAAAAUCUGUAAGAUAUGAUAUACUGAAAAAACUGUAGGAUAUGGUAUGCCUUAAAAGCUGUGUGUAACGGGAUACCAAAAGAAAACAUGUAUUUAAUGGAGUUUAUUAAAAAUUAUUAUGUCAAACAAUAUACAUUUAAGUUAAACCACAAUUUCUGAACUGAGUGAGUUAUUGGUUUUAUAAUUAUGUUUGUUUAUUACUCAAAAUUUUUAAUUAUAGAUACUUCAAUUUUGUGAGAUUUGUAUGUAAUUAUUAUUUAGUAGAUAAAAUUAUAAGUCUAAACAGAAAUGUUUGAAAAUUUAACAGGUAGUUCAUUAUGUCAUACUUUGUGUACUGCCCACCUUCAACACGUGUUACACCCGUCUCCACUAUCAUCUAUUUUGAGUGAAUUGAGGAAUGUAUUGGUUUUACAAUGAGGUUAAUUUAUUAUUUUUUAUCUGUGAACAACUUUUCUACCAGAAAUCUUACUAAGAUUUUUAAAUGCAGCACAUUUUCUGAAAUGAAAUUGACGAUCAUAUUUGUUUUUUAAUGGGUUUUUUAAUAAUUAUUGGAAAAACCAUGAAAUUUUUGGUAUUGCGAUGUACUGAUACUUAUCGGUAUACUAGUUCAAACCUGUAUAAUACACAAUACCGUAUUAUCGGUAUUCAUUUUUAAUAUGAUCUUUGCUUAUGAAAGAAUCUUGGAACACCAUAUAUAUAUAUAAAUAUUGAAUAUACUUAUAUUAAAAUUAUCAUUAAAUCUUUCUAUAUCAGAACAUAGUCUAUUAAAAAUUAAUUUUAAAAUUUAAAUUUCAUUAAGAUGGUUUUGGUUUAAUAAUUUUUUUAAUAUCAUUAUUAUUUCUAAUAUUAAAAAAAAAAAAAAACUAAUGUUUUUAACAGCAAAUAAAAUUAAGUUUGGUUAUUUUUCUGUUAGUUAAUGAAUUAUAAAUUAUUUAUUUUUCAGAUACAAAUGCAAUAAGAUAACUCGCACUGAAAAAACAACACGCGCUGUUAAGCAUACAAAAACAACACUAUUUCAGUAUGCUAUCAAUAAUAAAUCAUUUAUUGAACAAAACCCUGAUUUGAAUGUACACGUAACAACUCAGAACUUAGGUUACAAAUGUGAAAUUUGUGAGAAAUCAUUUAGACUAAAACACAAUUUGAUUCAACACAUGAAGACUCAUACCAAAGAAAGACCUUAUAAAUGUAUUGUAUGUAAGAAAUCAUUUGCACGUAAAACUAAUUUGAUAGUACACAUGAGAACUCAUACUGGUCAAAAACCUUACAAUUGUAAUUUUUGUAAAAAGUCCUUUUCUCAAUUUAAUCAUUUAAAAACUCACCAAUUAACUCAUACUGGAGUUAAGACUUACAAAUGUGAUAUUUGUAGCAAACUAUUUGCACUCAAACAACAAUUAAUAGUUCACAAGAAGACUCAUAGUGGUGAGAAGCUUCUUAAUUGUAAGUUUUGUAAAAAAAAAUUUUUCUCAAGUUAA